AUGUCACCUGACGAGAAAAUGAAAAAAGCGCCGCGAAAGCAUGUCACCACCGCCUGUGUGCCAUGUCGCGAGAGCAAGAUCAGGUGUGACGGCGCCACUCCAAAUUGUCAAAAUUGCCAGCGCAAGGGCAAAGAGUGCAAGUACCAACAUGGCGAUGACAAGCGGAAGGUGUCACUCCGAGCAGCAACAGAGUUGUUCUCGGCCAGGAUCGACCAGCUAUGUCACUUCAUUAAGGACCAGGGGCUAGAGCCUCCGUCCAUGAAGCCAGAAGAUGAAGCUGGCAUGAACAGGGUUCUGGACACUCUUCAGAUCCCGCGCGGGUUCGCCCAGCCCACAGAAAAUGGCGAGAAGCAGUCUUCCGCCGAGCCUAAAGGCCCUGUGGCCUCUGGCCAAUCUCCAUCCCAAAGCCCACCUGCCAUUAGCCCCAAGGGACCAAAUCCGACCGACAUGGUUGCAUCGGGCCCCUCCCCGGCCCAGGAUACUGCUUCUAGCGGACAGUUUCCUUCGCCAGAGGGCUGGAACCCGUUUGGCAUGGUCCGGGGAGCGUCCGACAACCAGAACUUUGUCCACUGGGGUUUCACACUGCCCACAGCUGAGAGCUUGGACACCAUCUACGCCAAUCUCAAUGGCGGGCCAGGAGGGCCUGGUGCACCUGUCAUGGCUGGUAUGCCUGUAAACACAGACCUAAGCCCUGACAGCUACCAGCUUGGGAUGGACAUGUCGCAGCAAUUGGGUGUUUCGAUGGGCGGGGUUCCGCACAUAGGGGACCAUGAUUCAGACAGUGGAGAAGAAGAUGAGGCUGAGAACGAUGUCAUCGAGCAAUUGUCUAACCGAAUCGGCACCUUGAAGAUCGCGGGCGAUGGUCAUCUGCGGUUCUACGGUGCAACCUCUAAUCUCAAUCUAGUGGAUGUAUCCGCCACGCAGCAAAGGCAACGACCGGAUGCACGCACGGUGCGCCACGAUGGCCAAGAUAUCCUCAAUCACCUCCGGGUAGGCCAGCCAGUUGAUCAAGCUCUCGAGGAUCAUCUCGUGGAGCUAUAUUUCACCUGGCAAAACCCUAGUACAUAUAUUGUUGACAAAGACAUGUUUAUGACUGCACGAACGAAAUGGCGCAACGAAUUUGAUGACACUGCUUUUUACUCAGAGGUUCUCACUAAUGCAAUGUGCGCGAUCGGCAGUGCCUUUGAGGCACGAUACCAUCCCACUUUCAUCACAUUCCCAAAGUCUCUGUCUGAGUUCUUUGCAGACCGAGCCAAGGCUCUAUUGGAAAUUGAACUCGACUCACCUUGCGUGGCCACAGUGCAGGCCCUGGUUAUCAUGAGUUGCCACGAGGGCGCGUCAAACCGUGAUGCACGCGGUUGGCUAUACAGCGGAAUGUCGAUGCGACUUGCCUUUGAUCUUGGUUUACAUUUGGAUAUGACAAAUUAUGUCAAUAGGGGCGAGAUCACUCAAGCUGAAGCUGACGUGCGCCGUGCAGCAUUUUGGGGAAGCUAUGUGGCCGAUCACUUCUGGGGCUUUUACUUGGGACGUCCAUUCCGAAUGAAUGCUGGGGACGUUAGCGUUCCCAAGCCUGCCUCAUCUUUGGGUCCUGAAAAGGAAGACAAUUGGCGUCCAUAUGGCCAGCAAGCUUCCCACGAAAUUCUUCAGAACGGGCUGAAGAAUCCCACUGAGUUGAUCUGUAGACAAUUUGUUGUCUUGUGGGAAAUGAUCUCUCCAGUUGGACAUAUUCUAUACGGGUGCUCUGAUAUUUCUCGACACGACCUGCAACGAAUAACGUACCAAGUGACUGAAGAUCUAUUUGCUUGGAAAGCAAAUCUGCCUUCUAGUCUCCAAAUUGACUUGGACGAUGACACGAUCCCAAUAUUACCACACCUGAUGAUGCUACAUAUGCAAUACCACCAAAUCAUCAUUUUCUUCCACCGCCCAUGGCUCUCAAAGAGCUACAUCCAACCCCGAAGCCCUCGCCAAGGCCCAGGAUAUCACCAUGCGCGGCGUAUGUGCGUUGAGUCUGCCACCGCCGUCGCCCGCCUUCUCCACCUCUACGAAAAGCAUUACACCUUCCGACGAAUGAACAACCAAGUUGUCGCAAUCAUCUUCAGUGCUGCUCUCAUGCUUCUCUUUGUCACAGUAUCAGGCUCCCCAAUGAGUCCAGGAAAACAGGGCGACAGCUCAACCUACCCACGCAGCACCGAGAUGGUUGCAUAUCUCAAUCUGUGUUUCCGUGCGCUCGACGAGCUAGGGCAAUCUUUCGAGAACGCCAAGCGAACCCGUGACUACCUCGUUACACUCCAGCGACGCUGGCAGGCGCACAUGCGCCGCUCAGGCUCUUCAAAACGCCAGAUCAACGGCACAAGCUCGAUCUCCAUGUCGCAGCAACCUCCCGUGCAACACGGUCGUGCUGUUACUGCACAAGGCGUGGAUGUUUCUAGGAAGAAGUCCCGCUUGUCUGUCUCUGAGAUCCCGUCUCACAUGCCUUCUGGGGUGCAGCCGACGCAACCACCUCUGGGACACAAUCCAUUGCCUCAGUACCAGCAGCAGCCAUCUUAUCAGCAACAGCCGUUCCCUGUUUCAAACUCUCAGCUAGGUGAUUUGGAUUGGAUACGGAAUUCGGAUAUUAGCCUCCUGUCCGAGGCUCAAAACGCCGAUCCUGUCAAUGGAAUGGGUCAGAUACCUUCGCCACAGUUCCAGGAGGACUCGAAGAUGCUCGCUGAACUGGGCGAUAUUGAUGCAUGGUGGGACUCACCUAAUGAUGCCCCGGGUAUGGGUGGAUCAUUGUAA